AUGUCGCAGGUACCGGAAAUUGGGCCUCCAUUUUGCAAACUGAAUUCGUUAAUAGUUGCGCAAUCAUCUCCGGACAGUUCGAGGCAUGAUGGAGGCCGUGAAGGCAUGGUCAAGCGGAGCUCGGGGAGUUCGGGACUUACUGCAGAUCCGUUCGGGACAAGCGUGGUGGAGCAAUGCCCCGAAAAACGGAGGCAGAUAGGAGUCAUCAGCGCUGCCUUUUUGAUCUUUAAUAGGAUCAUCGGAACGGCAUCUUUGCAACACCUAGCGCGAUUUUGGCGCUCACGGGUAGUGUCGGGCUGUCUUUGGUGGUAUGGGCUGUGGACGCUGUAUAUCUAUCUUGAAUGGUAUGUCUCAGUAUUAACGCCUGGAAGAAACGGGGGAGAAAAGAAUUACCUGGAAUACGUUUACACGAAACCGAGAUUUCUGGUGACUGCGAUGUUCGCUUCUUAUGCCUUUUUUCUGGGCUGGGCAGCAGGCAACAGCAUUGCCUUUGGCGAGUAUGUCCUUCAUGCGGCGAACGUUGAAGUAAAUAGGUGGAACCAAAGAGGUAUAGGCCUUGCGUGCAUUACCUUGGCCUUUGUCAUACACGCAACUGCCGUCAAAUGGGGUUUACGCAUGCAGAAUUUCUUUGGAGCCGUAAAGUUCCUUAUUGUCCUCAUUAUUGUUAUUGGAGGAGCUGUGGCUCUCACUGGCCAUUUAACUAUUGAGAAGCCUGAUAACUUUUCUCGGCCUUUUGAAGGGAGUAUACCAAGUGUAUAUGGGAUUGUCACGGCUCUGUACAGCGUGAUAUGGUCAUACAUUGGUUACUCGAAUGCAAAUUAUUCAUUGAGCGAGACGAAAAAUCCAGCUAGGACAUUGAAAAUCGCUGCGCCCAUCGGCGUUGGCCUUGCCGGCGUUCUGUACAUGCUUGUCAAUGUCGCAUAUUUUGCCGCUGUCCCGAAGAAGGAGAUUCUGGGUUCAGGCCGUAUUCUUGCGGCCUCCUUUUUUCGAAACGUUUUUGGUCCCAAGGCAGAGCGGGUUCUAUCAGUUUUUGUGGCAUUGUGUGCGUUUGGGAACGUCCAGUCUGUUCUUUUUUCCCAAGGUAGAGUUAUCCAAGAACUGGGCCGGGAAGGAGUUUUGCCAUUUUCGAAGUUCUGGGCAAGCAAUCGACCGUUUAAUUCGCCCGCAGCAGGGCUCUUCGAGCAUUAUGUCAUAUCUGCCGUAGUAAUGCUUGCUCCACCGCCGGGAGAUGCAUAUAACUUCUUGCUCAAGUCAGUUUGGGCUCCUCCGUUUAGUAUUGACUUGUGUCUGACCAUUAGCCAACCCGACAGCUUGAUUUCCUAUCCACUUUCGGUUGUGAACGUAUUCGUCACUGCUGGUUUGAUCCAUAUCUACAUGUUUCCGUCACGUUACCCUGACUGGGCUCCGACCAUUCGAGCCGGCCGACCAAUUUCCUUCUUCUUCCUGGUUUCCAACAUUUUCCUUGUCGUUGCACCAUACCUUCCACCACCAGAUAAGAAGCACAAUGUCUACACGCACUUGCCCUAUUAUAUUCAUUGCGUUGUUGGUCUUGGGAUCUUUGCGGUUGGGACGAUCUACUGGAUUUUCUGGGCAGUAUUAUUUCCUUGGGUCGGGAGGUAUCGUCUUUUGGAGGAGACAGUAAUAGCUCCGGAUGGGUGGUCUAGGCAAAUCAUUACCCACGUUCCUAUCAAUGGGGCCGUGAACGAAAAGGGUCAAUGGAAGUUGAGGUGA